AUGUCAAUCGUUGCUUCUGAGGACACAGGCCCUCAACCUGUCCGUCGUAUAUUAUUCCCGCCGGCUAUCCUUGAGGCAGAAUAUCUCGGUCCUCUUCAAGAGCAAGAUGGCAAGGGAUAUCCCCGCACAUUCGGUUGCUCCUCCAUCUUAGGAGGUAUUCCAGUCUUUUUGUUUGGUGAUGUCUCUGUCAACCUUCCUGGCCAAGAAAAGCCUAUCGGUAUCGCCACAUCUGCCGCAUCGAUCGGCUCACAUCUUGAUCCGUUAAUUACUCACUGGCCAUAUCCGAAGAACAGCAGUGCAUUCCAUAAUGUACCAGAUUUCAUUCCAUUCACCGACAUAGAAAAUGAGCACAACGCCAAGUCGGAGAGUGAGGGUAAAGGACGCGCAGAUAGGUUUUAUCUUUGGGCUCGUUCUCCGAUAGUUGAAAUUCCAUUCAGUGGCAAUUUUGGGGUGAUUUUUUUUACAAAAGGAAAAACAAGUGAAGACGUCAGGAAAGGUGAUGAAUACCAUGGAGUUGGUGUUGCGGAAGUUGAAAUGAGGUUGAUAGGGAAGGGCAAGGGCAAGGGCAAGGGCAGGGUGGAAGAAGGUAGUUUUGAGGUUAUGCCUAUUGCUAGACGGCAUGGUAACCGCAUAUUCGACAACACACACCCAAAGUGGGGGGAUAUUGCCUCGAUUAUCAAAGGGGGAGCCUAUCUUUCCCCUCAGAAUUAUACGUUCUGGAACGGCAAGAGUUUUGUUGCUUCCUCAGCUAAACGCAAAGAAUCCCUCGAAGUCACGGGACUACAGCCGGUGAUGUUUGAUCUAAGUUCUGGGACAAUAUUUCAUAGUACUCUGUUCUUCCCUGACGACGAUGGAAGAUUUAUCAUGAUUGGUUCUGAUCUUCUGGACGGAGGGAGGGUGCUUAUAACACAUUCCAGGAAUAUAUGGGGCCCUUGGGAAGAGAAAGAGCUCCUUAUUGACUUGGAAGGUUGCACAGACUUGGAAUGUUGCGCAGACAAUCGUUCUCCCCAAAGCCACGUCUAUGUGCAUAUUUGGGCAAGUGAUCUUGCACGAGGCCAGUUGCUUAUAAGUUGGAAUCGACAAUGGCCUAAUGAUAUUGAAAUGGCCAAUCUCUGUUUUGAAAUGAUGGAUGAUGACAAUACAAAAGAGGCUGAUUCCAUCAAUUCCUUCGGACUUCCUGAUUCCACCCAAGAAAAGGGUGAAGCAACCCAGAGAGCCAUGGAUAUGCUUCUAGGGGAGAGUACUGCACACUCGCAAGAGUACACCCCAGAGACUAGGAAAAGAUUCUUGCAAAUGCUCACUCAUGACGAAAAUGAAACUUGCUCUCAUGGCGAGAUGCUUGAGGGUCGGCGAAAGGCGCUAGCAAAGUUAUCCGGUGAAUGUUUGAGGCAGGUUUCCGAUGGCCGUGAAUCCGUCGAGAUAGCGGACUUUGUCAAAGCUUUAUAUAGCAGGGGAAAUACUGUUCUCAGAGGUGAUAAUAAAAAGAUAACUCGGCGAAACACCCCGCACUUCAAAAUGGGCGUACUUCCUUCCAUAGAAGACUAUGCCAUAGAGUCAGACGAAGAUCCAAAUGAAUCCAUAACGAGCGAAUACACGAAGAGCAAGGGCCAUUGGUAUGGAGCCGAGGAAACAUCGAAGAUCGACCUCAACGCAGCGUCUGGAGAGCCCGAAUUCGAAGGCUGUAAAAGAUACAACCAGGAAUCUUUAUGUAUCAGUGAUAGAGUGGAGGACAGCAGCUCACCAAAGGAGCGGUCGUGGUACACUGGAGAUGUAGACACCAAUGAUUACAGAAGAUAUAGCCUUCUUCCGUCCCGGGCAGAAUUUUCUGGUGAUCUGAUUUCAGAGAUGGGAAUCCCACAAGUUACUGUUACUCAAACGGACGAUGAUGUGAUAACAAGCCUCCAAGGUGCUAGAAGUGACCCUGGUGACGAUGAUUCCGCUCAGGUUGACGGCAACUACUCCCAAGGUCUUACUUUUGCCGAAGGUCGUCAAGUCAAAGACGGGAAUAUCAAGAGCCCCGGUCACUUUGGUUCAGUGAAAAGGUUCUUUGGAAAGGUUUUCAAGCCAACCAAAGGACAUUGGUCCAGGGACAAAACCUUCCAUCAAAGUACCACCUCACUACAAAUUCCCAAUAAAAAGGGAAAGGGUCUGCACGUGUCUCAUUUCCUUCGUGGAGCUAAAAGUAUGGUCAGCUUAAAGCGGAGCCCAGUCAACGCUUCGUCGAGUCAGACCGGCUUUCUUCAAUCUGGAUUAUUUGCAGAGAGCGCCGAACCUAGAAGCUGA